AUGUUACGUGGACGUUUGACUGAUAAAGUCUUGCCGUCUCCUUCGGAAAGCACCCCUCAACAGUCUGUUACUCAAGAUUCACAAUGGGACGAGGAGAGACGUGAGCGAGACCCCUUGCCUGCUGAGGCUGAUGAUGUUAAUGCACUGUCUCUGCCGUUUGACCGACAGGCGUCGUAUCUUGGCAUUUCUUCCAUUAGAGCAGCGCUUGCAGCUAUGCUUCAGGUUCGACCUCAGUUACGUGGCUUGCUAGCCUCCCGCCAGACAAACAUCAACAGCACCAGCGCUAGAAAUGAGGAGGUUCGACAUUGCUAUCAUCCCCCCCGGCCCUUGUCAGAACAUCCUCGCAUCAAAUGGAGCAGCAAAGGACAGGCGCUAGUUGACGCAUACUUCCAGCGGAUCCAUAUCUUUACCCCAAUGCUCGACGAAACCUCAUUUAGAACGAAUUACCUUGGUAGUCAACGCCAGGACUCGCCUUGGCUUGCUCUCUUGAAUAUGGUCCUGGCCAUGGGCAGUAUCGUAUCUACCAAGUCCAGUGAUCGGGAUCAUUGCAGGUUCUACACCGAAGCUAUGAGACACCUCGACCUCAGCGCCUUUGGUAGCAGUCGCAUCGAAACGCUACAGGCCCUUGCUCUUGCAGGAGGUUACUAUCUUCACUAUAUCAACCGACCCAAUAGAGGCAAUGCGAUCCUUGGUGCGGCCUUUCGGAUGGCGAGUGCACUUGGUUUCCAUCGAGAGCCUUCACAACAGGACGGAGGCGGCGAUCAGUUUGAAGCAGCAGAAGUGAGGCGGCGUACUUGGUGGUCUCUAGUUUGUCUAGACACUUGGACAACUACGACUUUGGGUAGGCCCUCUUUUGGUCGUUUCUCUCCUUCCAUUGAUAUUCAACUGCCCAAGCUCUAUGUCGAAGGAGAAGAGGGGUUUCGGCAAGACAUAGGAAUGACGACGCUUAUUGAGAACAUACGUUUUUGCCGAAUUGCAACUGAGAUACAGGACAGCUUGGCUGUUACUUCUGUUCUCGAUGCUAUAGACCGCAAUCGCUUCGAUGAGGCAUUGAUAAGUUGGCAUAGCCAACUACCUUCUACCCUUUCCGAUGAUCGAGACGUUGAUGAACCAGUUCGUCUUGCUCGGUGCAUUAUGAGAUGGCGAUACUGGAACUUGCGCAUGCUUCUGUAUCGUCCAACACUCUUGGGCGCUGCAACUGGCCAUCUAACGGAACCCGAAAUCGACCACAGCGCCGUCGAGAAGUGCCAAGAGCUUUCGAAGACAGCCAUUGAAGAUAUAGCCAAAACGUGGCUGAGCCAUCAGAUGUCGGGAUGGAACGCAGUCUGGUUUCUUUACCAGGCUGCUAUGAUACCUCUACUUAGCAUGCUGUGCAAACCUCAGAGCGCUGCUGUUCCUGAGUGGCGAAGUCAGGUACAGACCGCAUUGAGGCUCUUUGAGGAGAUGCAGGAUUGGUCAUUGACCGCGCGUUGUAGCAAGGGAGUUGUGAAUCAAAUCUUUGAAACAAGUUGCGAUUUGAUGCGCCAAGGAGAACAGUCUUGCAUUGAACCAGACAUGAACAAUCGAUAUAUCAAGGGGAUCAAUAGCCAAGAAGAACUGAAGAUCAAGAAGUAG